CGCCUUCGCUGCCUACCUCCGCGAUACCGCCAUCGACGGGCAGUCGAGGCUUCAGAUUUCUGUGUCCGUGUGUCGACUAAAGCAAUGUUUAGUCAUUGACAGUAACGAAUGAAAGCCAAAACUACCAGCGAUUGCCAACUCGGUGUCUCUUAUUAUCUGCUCUGAUCGCAAUCGAUGUUAUACAGCAUGUGGAUCUGAAACGGCUUCUCGAUAUAAUACUAGGGUGCAAUGUGUCACGGGCAUAUAGAAGCCUGAAGUCCAAAAUCCCUGGCAUCGCGAUGUUUGUGACGGCAAUCCGAGGGGGUAGAUCACGCGCACGGUGCUACCGUCGGGUGCACGAUGGUGGUCUUGCUGAUUCUCGAGUCGAGGGGAUACGGCAAGAUGCUGUGGAACCAGCAUCUUCAAGUCCUCGGCCGGACCCGACUGUUCUACACACGUGGGCGACGCUGGCGAGAGUUACUUGCACGCUAAGCUCUAGGCUCAUUUUAUCUUAUUCGGUCAUUCACCAUUAUAGUACAGCAGCAUGCAUAUGAUUGGUCCUUUGCCCAGCGCACCAACGUACCCAUGACUUCGUUUUAUCGGCCAAACCUCAGAGCAGGUCUUUUGGACACCAGGGAGCCGAUAUAGUCCGGGGGAGCACCUAGGGGCAUCUCUGUCUUCCUUACCCUGCUCGCCAUGCUAAGCUUCAUAAACGCCCAUCCUCCUGCAUCAGCCCACUCUCAGAUUGUCAGGUAUUGCAGAGUCGCUCCGGCCGCUUUAUGGGCGGGUAUUUCCAGGCUUCUAUUAUUGUCCACUUUUAAUAUCGGGCUAGGCUUUUGACUAUUUUUUGACGAUGGACGAUGAGCUCAGGAUAAUAUGGAUGGCAAAGCGAUGGAGGCUUACCCACGCGAUGUUCUUCAUCGUUCGGUAUCUACCUGUGGCCAGCUUCUUGGCUGCCAUCAUAUAUUCGUUGGCUACGCGCUCAUCCUCCGGGUGCAGAAACUGACAACUCUGCUUGAAAGAUACACUGCUUAGCCUAGAAAUGGCGCUAUGCUUGAGACUGUACAAGCUUCUAGGAACCUCACUGUUAAUCCUCAUGAUCACGACUGAAGGGCUCUUAUGUCUCCGGACCCUAGCUCUAUGGCACCAACAUCGCGCAGUAAAGGUUGCUUUCGUUUCAAUAUACAUCAUGGCCUGUACCGCAGCUACCGUCUGCAUAACUCUGGCGCUCACGUUCAACCUCGAUAGUGUAUGUUCGACAUCCGCCAAGAAUGCGAGCUCGUCAUCCGCGGAAGAGCAGAUUGAGAAAGUGCUCAUGGGUGCAUUCUCAGCGAUAGCAGUUUUCGAAUUCGCGGUUGUUUGUUCGACGCUACUCCACGGAUUUAUGAAUUCGCGCGCGAGACCCUCUAGUCGCCUUUCAGUCUCUCUCAGACAAGGCAACUUGCUCUAUGCUGUAACGUUGUUUGUAAUGUCGGUGGCCAACGCGGUUUUCUUUGAUCUCCCGCUCUCCGAUGGCUGGACAGGUCUUCUCGAUGUCUUCCAAGGUGUUUUACAUGGUGUCAUGGCCUCUCGGAUAAUUCUCUCUCUACGAAACGCAGACAGCCUCGAAGAAACAGAGCGGAUCCCCGAGUCGUUUGGAAUGAGUGGGAUCCGUACUAUGCAGUUUGCGUCGUCGGCAGAAGACGAUACCACACGACUCAGAUCCUCAGAGAGCACUCAGCGGUGAUAAUC